AUGUCUGCUAAAGCUGUUAGCGAACUCAGUGGAAAAGAAAUUCUUUACAAGUUCUUUGAACCGACCGGCUUGUUGAAUGCGCCGCACGCAUUCCACGUAAAGGCCGGAGAUGAUUUCCAUGCUGUUGCUUCUAAGUUCGAUUGGUUGACCAGAGAUCAAAAAGGAGUCAUCAAGCCAGACCAGCUCAUCAAGAGGCGUGGAAAACUCGGGCUUGUUAAGAUUGGAUCGCCGAAUGAGCUUAAUGCUUGGUUCAAUGAACGGGCCAAUUCGCUUGUGAAGGUUGGACAAACCGAAGGAAGAAUUCACACCUUCAUUGUUGAACCGUUCUGUGCACAUGAAGAAAAAGAUGAGAUGUACAUCGCGAUAUUCAGUCAGCGUGAUGGGGACAUCAUUAUGUUCUACGAGCACGGAGGAGUCGACAUUGGUGACGUCGAAGAGAAGGCCAGAAGUGUCUUUGUUCCUGUUCAUCUUGACAACGCCCUCAUGGCUCCAACUGAUGAUAGCUUGAAUGUUCUUCUUGGCGAUAUCCCGAAUUUGGCAGCUGUGAAAGUUUUCAUUGCCGAGCUCUACAAAGCCUAUAAGGAGCUUCACUUCACGUACCUGGAAAUCAAUCCAUUUGUUUUCAAAGACCAUAAGAUCCAUAUCCUUGAUUUGGCGGCCAAGUUGGAUGAGACCGCCAACUUCCUGUGCGCUGAUAAAUGGCGUGGACGAUUGACCUCACAAGGCGCGAUGCAUGUCGAAUUUCCAGCUCCAUUUGGACGCGAUCUCACUGAGGAGGAGCAGUAUAUUUCAGAAAUGGACGCAAAAACUGGUGCAUCGCUAAAGCUCACUAUUUUGAAUCGAAAGGGACGUGUCUGGACGAUGGUUGCUGGUGGAGGAGCUUCCGUUGUUUUCACGGAUACUGUAUGCGACUUAGGAGGUGCUUCUGAGCUGGCCAACUAUGGUGAAUAUUCUGGUGAUCCGUCGGAGUCGCAGACUUACGAAUAUGCAAAAACGAUUCUCUCUGUCAUGACUGAGGGUGAGCCGCAUCCCAAGGGAAAAGUUCUCAUCAUUGGCGGUUCCAUUGCUAAUUUCACCAACGUUGCAAAGACAUUUGGAGGAAUUGUUCGCGCAUUCGAAACGUUUGUUGGAAAGUUGAAAGAGCAUAAUGUCACAAUUUAUGUCCGUCGUGGAGGACCCAAUUAUCAGGAAGGACUCCGCCGCAUCAAAGACGCUGCAACGAAGCUUGAAAUUCCAAUUCAUGUGUUCGGUCCAGAGACACAUAUGACAUCAAUUGUUGGAGCAGCUCUUGGAGUUCGUCCUCUUCCAACUGUUCCAACUGCUCCACAGACUACUGGACAGUUCUUGUUAAGCCCAGAGAGAAACACUGGAGGUACUGAACGACCACCAGCCUCACCUGUUGCACCGACAAAUUCCGCUACAACCGAACCGACGAAGGCCACUUUUGCAUUUCGUGGACUCUUUGAAAACGAUACAAAGGCCAUCAUUUGGGGACAACAAGCAAAGGCUAUUCAAGGAAUGCUCGAUUUUGACUAUGUUUGCCGCCGAAGCUCGCCUUCCGUUGUCGCAUCGACUUAUCCCUUCACCGGAGACAACAAGCAAAAGUAUUAUUUCGGUCAAAAAGAAAUUCUCAUUCCGGCAUACAAGUCAAUGGCAAAGGCGUUCGCUACCCAUCCGGAAGCAUCCGUUAUGGUCACAUUCGCAUCAAUGAGAUCGGUUUACGAAACUGUUCUCGAGGCCCUGGAAUUCCCGCAAAUCAAAGUCAUUGCUAUUAUCGCUGAAGGUGUUCCAGAAAACCAAACCAGAAAGCUGUUGAAGGUUGCUCACGAUCGUGGAGUUACCCUCAUUGGUCCAGCCACUGUUGGAGGAAUCAAACCGGGAUGCUUUAAAAUUGGUAACACCGGAGGAAUGAUGGACAACAUUCUCGCUUCGAAGCUUUAUCGCCCAGGAAGCGUGGCCUACGUCUCUCGUUCUGGUGGAAUGUCCAACGAGCUCAACAACAUCAUUUCCCAAAAUACCAAUGGAGUAUUCGAAGGAGUUGCUAUUGGUGGUGAUCGCUAUCCUGGAAGCACAUAUACGGAUCAUGUGUUGAGAUAUCAAUGUGAUGAAAGAGUGAAAAUGAUCGUGCUUCUUGGGGAAGUCGGAGGAGUUGAAGAAUAUAAAAUCGUUGAACUCUUGAAGCAAAAGAAGAUUACCAAACCUCUCAUUGCUUGGUGCAUCGGAACUUGUGCUGACCAUAUUACCUCCGAGGUGCAGUUCGGACAUGCCGGUGCUUCUGCCAAUGGACAAGGAGAAACCGCUGCAUGCAAGAACGAGGCUUUGAAGAAGGCUGGAGCCUUGGUUCCUGAUUCGUUUGACGAUCUAGGAAAUAAGAUUCGUGCAACUUACGAGAAGCUUGUAGAGGAAAAUGUCAUUGUUCCUCAGCCUGAGAUUCCACCCCCAGCGGUUCCAAUGGAUUAUGCCUGGGCUCGUGAACUUGGACUUAUUCGCAAGCCAGCUUCCUUCAUGACUUCCAUUUGCGACGAGCGUGGCGAGGAGCUCAACUAUGCUGGUGUACCAAUCACAAAGAUUCUCGAAUCCGAUAUGGGAAUUGGCGGUGUUCUCGGACUUCUUUGGUUCCAGAAACGUCUCCCACCAUAUGCUAACCGAUUCAUUGAGGUGUGCCUCAUGCUCACAGCUGACCACGGGCCGGCUGUUUCUGGUGCACACAACACGAUCGUUUGUGCCCGUGCUGGAAAAGACUUAAUUUCUUCUCUCACUUCUGGUCUCUUGACUAUUGGCGAUCGCUUUGGUGGAGCUCUUGAUGGAGCUGCACGUCAAUUCUCAGAAGCCGUCGACAAGGGAUGGUCUCCAAUGCAAUUCGUAAAUGAGAUGCGCAAGAAGGGCAAGCAUAUCAUGGGAAUUGGACAUCGCGUCAAAAGCAUCAACAACCCCGACAAGCGUGUUCAGAUCUUGAAGAAGUUUGCUCUCGACAGAAACGAGUUCACCCAGGAAACUCCACUACUCGAAUACGCUCUUGAGGUCGAGAAGAUUACGACCGCCAAAAAGCCAAACCUCAUCUUGAAUGUUGAUGGCGCCAUUGGAGUAAUUUUCGUGGAUAUUCUUCGCCAAAGUGGAAUGUUCACCACUGCUGAAGCUCAGGAAACCAUUGAAAUUGGUGCAUUGAACGGACUCUUCGUUCUCGGUCGCAGCAUUGGAUUCAUUGGUCACUAUCUUGAUCAGUCGCGCCUUAAACAAGGGCUAUAUCGUCACCCAUGGGACGACAUCUCCUACAUCAUGCCAGAAAGCAACUUGAAAACAGCGGAGUUGAAAAAAAUGUCGAAAGCCCCGUAUUUCCGCGAAUCUGCUCCGCCCCGGCAAAAUAUCGAAGAUUCAGUAAAACAAUCCUCUAACCGCAGUGCCGCUAAUCCGAGAAUUCCAUUCGUGAAGAUGAAUGGAAUUCUCGGAUUAUCUUUAGAUAACUAUACGGAAUUUAACAGUAUGCUCUAG